CUCAGCGAGCACCGUCGGGAGGGGACAGAGAUAGGUGAAAACCAGCCCAGCCCCGGGGCCUGCCCCUGCACCGCCUCACUUCUCCUAUUUUCCAGCUCAAAUACAGGGAUGCUGCCGGGGCCGGGGCCGGGGCUGGCAUGGCUGCACGGGUGGCCCUGCUGCUGGGGCUGCUGCUGGCCACGCACUGCCCUGGGGAUGCAGUGCCUGACCCGUGGCCCCGUCCACCUCCAGCUCUCCUGGAAGCCAACGGCAACCUGAGCUGCCGCUGUGCCAAGACGACCAGGGCUUUUAUCUCCCCGCGGAAAUAUAGCAGCAUCGAGGUGCGGCCAGUGGGCAGCAGCUGCCGGCGCCUAGAGGUGAUGAUUAAGCUAAAAAGCCUGGAGAGGGUCUGUGUGGAUCCUGAUGCCCCUUGGGUGAAGAAACUCCUGCAGGACCUUCCUCACUUGAGGAAGAAAGAAGCUGCCGGCUGAGGAAGCUGCCACCAGCAGGACAGCCAGAUGGGCUGAGUCCCAAACUGGCCCCCCUAUCCCACUGUCACCUUCCUGUGGUGCUGUGGGGACGCUGCUCUGAUGCUCCAAACCCUUUUUCCUUUGCAUUUGAUACAUUUAAGCCCUUGAAAAUGCCAGUCCCUGUUUCCCCCAGCCCCCACGCCCUAGUCUUGUGCUGGCUGUCCCCUUUGGACAUAAUCCAAGAG